UAAAAGGUGGUUCUGAAUCGGCCUGCUGACAAAUGGGGCUUUUUUAAAUCAGCACUGGAUAUGUUUGCCCCUCCUGCACCUCAGCACAGGUUACCACUGCAGGAAGGCAUCUUCAUUUACCUCAGACAGCUGUGUGAGUGAGGCCUAUUUCUGACCAAACCUCAAGCCAAUGUCCUUCCAAGGAGAUGUCUUCCCAGAGCCAUCAACCCUAAGUCUUCACAUUCAGCCUGGGAAGCUCCUCAGAGUUCUGGUCAUCUAAGCCAAGCCAUUGAAGCACUCACUCCAUCCUCCCCAGGCCAUGCUACCUUGUGCUAUAGCUCUUUAAAGCCCUUCUCUGUGGCUCCUGAUGCUGUGCAUAGUGGAGGCUUAGGAAGACCACUCAGAGUAACAGUUACCCCUCGAUGAGUGAUCCCUACCUGUCCAGCUACUACCCACCAUCAAUUGGAUUUCCUUACUCCCUCAGUGAGGCCCCGUGGUCUACUGCAGGGGACCCUCCCAUCCCAUACCUCACUACCUACGGACAGCUUAGUAAUGGAGACCAUCAUUUCAUGCAUGAUGCUGUUUUUGGGCAGCCUGGUGGCCUGGGGAACAAUAUUUAUCAGCAUAGAUUUAAUUUUUUCCCUGAAAACCCUGCCUUUUCAGCAUGGGGGACAAGUGGUUCUCAGGGGCAGCAGACUCAGAGCUCAGCAUACGGGAGCAGCUAUACCUAUCCACCAAGCUCUCUUGGUGGUACAGUUGUUGACGGACAGACAGGAUUUCACAGUGACACGCUUAACAAGGCCCCUGGGAUGAACAGCCUGGAACAGGGCAUGGUUGGUUUAAAGAUAGGGGAUGUUACCACUUCUGCAGUCAAAACAGUGGGGUCAGUUGUCAACAGUGUGGCACUGACAGGUGUCCUUUCUGGCAGUGGUGGAACAAAUGUAAACAUGCCCGUUUCAAAACCUACUUCAUGGGCUGCCAUUGCUAGCAAGCCUGCAAAGCCACAGCCUAAAAUAAAAACAAAGAGUGGGCCGGUGGUGGGGGCUGCACUGCCCCCUCCACCUAUAAAGCAUAACAUGGACAUUGGCACCUGGGAUAACAAGGGGCCUGUGCCAAAGGCUCCUGUUCCCCAGCAAGCACCAUCACCCCAGGCUGUUCCACAGCCCCAACAGAUAGCUCAGCCUCUCCCAGCUCAGCCUCCACCUUUGGCCCAGCCACAGUAUCAGAGCCCUCAGCAGCCACCACAACCCCGCUGGGUGGCUCCUCGCAACAGAAAUGCAGCAUUUGGGCAGAGUGGGGGGGCUAGCAGUGACAGUAACUCUACUGGAAAUGCCCAGCCCACAUCUGCCUUGAGCGUAGAGUCCCAUCCUGUGCUUGAGAAACUGAAGGCUGCCCACAGCUACAACCCUAAAGAAUUCGACUGGAACCUUAAGAGUGGGCGCGUGUUCAUCAUCAAGAGCUACUCUGAGGAUGACAUCCACCGAUCCAUCAAGUACUCAAUCUGGUGCAGCACAGAGCAUGGCAACAAGCGCCUGGACGGUGCCUUCCGCUCCAUGAGCAGCAAAGGGCCUGUCUACCUGCUCUUCAGUGUCAAUGGAAGUGGGCAUUUCUGUGGGGUGGCCGAGAUGAAGUCCCCUGUGGACUAUGGCACCAGUGCUGGGGUCUGGUCUCAGGACAAGUGGAAAGGGAAGUUUGAUGUGAAGUGGAUUUUUGUCAAAGAUGUUCCUAAUAAUCAGCUACGACAUAUCAGACUGGAGAACAAUGACAACAAACCUGUCACAAACUCCCGUGAUACACAGGAGGUGCCCUUAGAAAAAGCAAAGCAAGUGCUGAAAAUCAUUGCUUCCUACAAGCACACAACCUCCAUCUUUGAUGACUUUUCUCACUAUGAGAAGCGCCAGGAGGAGGAAGAGGUGGUACGCAAGGAGCGACAGAAUCGAAACAAACAAUAAGGGCAAGCCAGUUUCUUGUGGUGAACAGUUGACUUUUGAAAACAGUCUGAAGCUGUUGCUUGGUGCUGUCUCGGCGUCAGCUCAUGUCGUCCUCGCGGGUGGAUGUGUUGCAUCUUUACUUUCUUUGUAGUUCAUUUUGCCAGAUGGCUCUGCAUUCAUUUGUAUUUUUCUAUGUAUUAUAUUGUAGAACUCACUAAUAAAGGCGUAUUUUGUUUGUCAGCUUACCAGUCAGACUGACCUAGUGCGAAAUAUAAUAUCCUUCAAAACAAAACACCCAAUAUAUCCCACAGGCAUUUUUUAUUUGGCAGAAAUGUCAUUAUUCUUAUAUGCAGUCAUUUAAUAUUUCUAUAGGAUACUUCGUGUUUCUUGCCCCUCUACUACUUACAAGCAAGUCAAAGAGCUCAAUUAGAGCGUGCUGAAAUGGGAAGGCUGGUGAUCACCCCUGUGGCUACCUUGCCAUUUUUUCUCUCUGGCAUUCAUCUAAGAUGCUUGCCUACUAUUUGGGUUUUCUAGACAGAAAGAUAACUUUUAGCUUUCGAACGUGGUGGCCAUGUCUGUGUCCGUGUGAAAGCACCCUUCACAGUUCAGUGUCUGUGCAGAGCAGAGCUCUGGUCCUCCUUGCUGUUGUCUGCCCACUGAGGAAAGGCUUGAUGGCAAGCAUCUGGGAGGUGCUUUAGGUCUGGCUCAGCGUUCUGGCAUUCUUAGUUUGCAGAUCGUUUUUAGUCCUCUUUUUUUUCACUUGAAUUUUAAUACCCUUUUAAGUUUUUAUACCAGUAACGCUAAGCUUUAAAGUAGGAUCUGAUAGUACAGGCAGUGUGAUGGAUGCUGCUGCCGACUGUAAAUUUCAUUGUGUAUCUAUUUUUUUUUUCCUGUUGUAUGGGUAAAAAAAAGCAAAAACAAAAAUUCUUUUAGAAAAUGAAUUUUGCUGUCAUGUUUUGUGGAAUGAGGGGCUGUUGAGGAGCUCGCCGCCACCUAGAGUUGGAGUUUAGCAUGAAAGUGGUGCUCAAUGUCUGACGCCCUCGCACACUGAAUCUGCACGCGCCUACCGUAGAGGAUCCUUACUGUCUUAGAGAGCAGGUACCUUCUGAAACUAUUUACUCCAAAAAACCCUCUGAGUUAACAUUUAGGCUGUAUUAUUUAGACUUGUAUUUAGAAUGCGUCACUUCCUCGAGCUGUUACUGCCUGUGUGAAGUCAUGGACAACAUCGGAUAGCUGUCUUCUAGGAGAAUACAAGCCUUAAUAAACACACCUGUUGAGCAA